CUUUCCCCAUAAAAUCCCCCCUCUCCAGGCCAGCCUUGCGGAUCAGGCUAUGGGAGACCGAUCCUGAGCCUCUCCCAGACGACCUUCCACACCCGUGUGCUUGCGGGCUUAAUCCAGCUGACCAGCUUUCUCUGCGGAAAAACACGUACAGCCUUCACGCCAUGACCUUCCUACUCGCUCGCCAGCGUUGGAGAGCCAGUCAAUGCACGUCAUCCCCUUAAGAGUUGCCUGUCUGGCACACCACCCUUGUCAUGCUAAUAAGGUCUGCCCGUAAUUCGAUCAACAGCACAGCGUUAUCGAUUUUCACAACUCUGCAACAAGCAAUAUGGCUGAAUGUGAUGACCAGUACGACCUCUUUACACGUCCUCCAACACCGCCGGACUCGCCUUUGAGAUGGAAAUUCACUCCAAAAGAACUUGCCAACCUGAGGCAUGUCCCAACUCCUCCGGGGAUCGAAAGACCAGAAGCAGACGAAAACGAUUUGGGAACCUCGCCUCCCUCGAAGUCCAACAAGCCCAAAGUGCCUCUCAAACCUCCCAAUCUCGAAGCAUUCUUCGCGAGUGCUGCUAUGCACGAUAGCCCCCCAGAGGCCACCACCAAACAGAAUGACUUCAUGGAGAGCAACAUGUCCAGCUCCUACCUCUCACAACCGCAAUGCCUUAACAACCUACCAGAAAAUGUGGAUCGAGCAUUCUCUUCGAGCGAGCCUUACUUCCACCGCCAUGAAACAGUCUAUAAACGGGUCGUCAAGCAUGGAGAGCCUGUCGAGACAAUGACACAGACCUGUGAAAUUUCGGGCCUUGAUCCGUCGGAGAGGUUGGUCGAAGAAUGCGAGGAGCAACCCGAUGAGAAGGAGGAGAUUCUUGAAGCAGUAAGGCAGGAUAUAAACGCUGAGCAGGGUGGCGAGACCGAGACCACCAUGGGGCCCCAUGAUGAUGACGAGUUCGCAGGACUAUUCGUCUGAAGGCAGAAUUUGAUGGUUCAAUGCGCCGGGCGCCAAUCUAGGUAUUACCGCGCGUCAUGUACAGCUUGUCUCGUUCAUUGAAUUGCGCGAACCUUCACUGAGCUUGGAUUCGCCCUUUGAGACACUACCAGCUGUAUGCUCAACCCGGGUUUGAAUGCACUCAUGCUGUUGGUGUGACGAAAGGGAUUUGCACGUCAAUGUGAUAGGAGCCUGGAGGUACAAAAGGCUUGUCGAACAGGCAGAAGAAAGCCGAUUGCCACAGCAAUCGUUACAUUGAUAGGACAAGAGAUGUGAUUCUUUGAUGUGCUGAAGCAGUGUCAAUAAUAAAAUGGCUAGUAUCAUUUGAAACAACAGACAAAUCUGGGUAUCAUAGACUAACUAACACUAAUCAAUGGCCAACAUCGAAGUCUGCCAAACAAGUCAUAAGUCAUGUCGGGGUCAAAAAG